ACAGGAUAAAGCUAACGAUGGAUGUGUCGGGGCAGGUCCAGCACCUGCACGAGAUGAUCAACCUCGCACAUGGGGUGCUCCUGGAAGCACAAAACCUGAACCUGAAGCAGCCACUCCAGUCAAACGCAAGCCUCUUUACCUUCGCCGAUAUGGAUGUCACCCCGAGCUCACCUUCCGUUGGCGACGUGUCCAUGCUCGACGAGAAAGACGACGAGCCGACCACGUUGGCGACGUUGACCGGUGACGAAAUCCAGGAUUCGUUCACGAAGUUGGCGGCACUCAAAUCGGCCUACAUCAAACACAGUUCUGAACUCCUGGAAAGCCUCCAGCAGAAGAAAGAAGACGUCGCCAACGACAACCUGCUAGCUCGUCGAGAUGCCCUACGCAAGGACGUGUACGAACGCAACGUUGUUCUCAAGGGUCUCAUUGAUCGACUCCGCAGUCUCCAAGUGUCGCUUCGCAUCCUCCACGGCCGUGACGCCGUUGAUGCCGCCUCGUCCGUUGCGAUGGAGGAGAUUUAGCGACGUCAUAUAUAUAUCCACCGUGGAAUAAUUCUUGGAUUUUAUGAAAUCCGGAGAAUUCUGUAAAAUUGUU